AGAACGCGCAGCUAAUUAAUUAAAUAAUGUGGUUCUGUACCUUUCUCUUCAGCACAGCCGACAAAGGUUUAUGAUGGGUCAGUCCUCCUGCAUGCUCAGAUCAUUCCCUUCCCUUGCUUGAAAAAUUGUUCCGAAAUGAAAGUUGAACCCACAUCUUUUUUAUCUGUGAAUUCAACGCCGUUCGGUGAGUCUCAAAUAAAAAUUUGGGCAUCUUACUGUAAAAAAAAAAAAAUACCAUUAAUGUAAAAAAGAAACUCUAAAUAAACUAUGUUUGCAUCCAGAACAUCAACAUAGAAAUAUUGGACGAUGGGUUUCCAUACGCUCCAUUUCACACUGAUCUCAGGAUCAGGGGGAGAGAGUUCCAGAGUCUGGGGGCCACAGCAGCAAAUGAUCUGUCAUCUUUGGAAGAACCACAGUAGUUAUGGACAAAUAAAAAUAUAAAGAACAGACGAAACAGAUGUUGGAUCUUUUAAAAGUAUUUUUGUCAUCUAACAGAAAACAGUAAGAAAAAUAUGAAAAAAUGACUGAAGCCACUACAAGAAAAAGGCUAAAUAACAGAAAAAAUGUACAAACACUGGAUUCCUACAGCAAACAUAACACCAAGAAUAUAUGGAACUCCAAAAAUACUCAAACAAAACACUCCACUUAGACCAAUAGUAGACAGCAUAGAUACACCAACAUACAACAUGGCAAAAGAAAUCAGCAAAAUCAUCAGCCCGUUAUUAGGUAACACAGAUCAACGUUGCAAAAAUAGCAUAGAACUGGCAAAAGAACUAAAAAGGAUUACAAUAGAAGAUAACGACAUACUCAUCUCACAUGACGUCACAUCCCUGUUCCCAAAGACACCAACCCAAAAAACCAUAGACAUAGUAGUUAACAGAAUCAGACUGGACAACACUUUACACAAAAGAACAAACCUCACAGCAGAUGAAAUAGCACAAAUGAUAGGACUGGUAGCUAGCUCCACUUACUUCACACACAAUGACAAUAUACAAACAACUGGAAGGCUUCGCCAUGGGUAACCUGUUAUCAGCCACCCUGUGCGAGUUUUUCAUGGAAGACCUGGAACAAAAAGCCAUAGCCACUGCCCCCCCCCCCCCCCCCCCCCCCCCCCCCCCCCAACUGCAAAAUAAAACUAUGGAAACGCUACGUAGACGACAUACUGGAAAUCAUACCAAAAGGACAAACAGAAACACCAACACAACACUUAAAUAACAUUAACGACACAGGCAACAUAAAGUUCACAUAUGAGUCAGAAACAGAAGGCAGUAUAGCAUUUAUGGACUUGAAAAUAACCAGGCAGACCGACGGAACCUUAAACUUAAACACAUAUAGGAAACCAACACACAGAUCAAUAUCUAUUAUGGACAUCAGAACACCCUACCAUACACAAAAUGUCAUUAAUCAGAACAUUAUAUCACCGAGCAAACAUAAUAACAGAAGAGACCAUAAACAAGAGGACGAACACAUACAACACGCUUUAAAGACCUGCGGAUACCCGACAUGGGAAAUAAAGAAAGGAAAACGGCAAACAACAACAGAAAGAAAAGGACAACCUAAGCAAAGAACCAGCAACCCAGAAAGACAAGAACCAAAACCAGUGAUAACCCUACCAUACAUCAGAGGCAUAACAGAACAAAUAAGAGCAACAAUGAAAAAACACAACAUAAACACACCAGCAAAACCAUACACAACAGUUAGAAACAGACUAGUGCACCCAAAAGACAAAAUGUCAGUAGGACUUAAAUGUGGAGUCGUUUACGAAAUCCCAUGCAAACUGCAAUAAAACAUACAUAGGAGAAACCGGACGCCAACUCAACACACGAACAAUAGAACAUAGAAAGGAGUGCGAGAAAGAAACAAGUCGAAAACACACAAGAGCAGCAAAACAAGAAGCAGAAAGCACAAUAAAGAAGUCAGCCGUAACAGAUCACUGCACAAGAAAAAAACCAUAUAAUGGACUGGGACAACACAAGGAUCAUAAACACCGAACAACAGAAAUACAAAAGAUGGAUAAAAGAAGCUAUAGAGAUAAGGAGACGUGGAUGUGGGACCAUACACACACACACACACACACACAUACAGGUUGUUCCAUCAUGGUGGUGAAAUGGGAUCUGCCUGGUAGGUAGUUGUCGUGGUAACCUCGGAUGAGCUGCUUGGUCAUCUCUGUGAAACCUUGAUCAUCGACCAUGAACAGGAGUCUCGUGACCACAAUGGCCUCGGUCAGGUCGUUAGCUUUCUGAGGUAUGCACAUAACAAACUCGUCCAUUGAAGAGGAGCACUUUUAUUACCACUGCAACGUAGAAGGAUGAAAUAAAUCAUUAGUGUUUGUAAUUAGAGCAAAAAUACGUGACAUACAAACGUGUUCUAAAGGUAAUGACAUCACCACUGCUACUGGUGUUGCUACACCUAUGUUAGCAGCUAUCAAGAGGUAAACUUACCGAGGCAACUCUUCGUUCUCCACCGUGACGUUCUUCCUCUUAAGGUGCUCGUGCAUCGCCGAUGUGCUUCAGUGAAAGGAGAGUUUCACUUUGCAGAUUUAGCACUCUAUGGGCCUUUCUUUGGUCUUCGUAUAACUCUUCCAGACUUUUGAGCUACGCUGCCCACUCACCAUGUUUUUUUCCGGUGAUGAAGGCUGAUCUGGAUGGCCACCACUGCGCAUGCGCCUCGUAGCUAAAGCGGCGGCUGAGCAGAAAGGCAGGAAGCAAACGCCGAACGUACCGCAGCAGGUAAGAUUUUUUUAAAAAAAGUUUAUAAAAUAAACGACGCCUCAAUUAUUAAAUAAACAGUCGACUACAGCCAUGAAACUCACAGAAAGGGAGCGAGUCACACUUUUGCUUAAAAAUGGACUGCAGUAACCACGUGUGUCCACAGGAUGUCAGUCUCACAAAUUGCACCUUUUAAAAUGUUACAACUAUUUUGGAGUCUUUCGACCUUUAACCAGUAUAAAUCAUCUGAUGACUGGAGAAACCCUCAGAAGGAAACUUUUCCAGGACAGAAGCUCCUGCUGGGCUCAGCAGAACGAUGAGUCCUGACCCGGUCCAGAUCACCAGCUCAGGGCUUUAAGCCUCUUAGAGUAACGAAGCUCCCGCUGAGGCAGCAGGACCACGACCCGUUCAGAGCCACAGAACCGUCUGGGCCGAGGUGAGUUCAUGAGUCCGGGGUGAUGUGUGGAGACGUGGUGGCGGUGUGGGAGGUGGCUCUGAGCGACGGCGUCUACAGGAUCGAGUUUGCUCAUGGGACUACCACAGGGAAACGCAUCGUUUACAUCAAUGGCAAGGAAGUCAUCAGAAAAGACUGGAUGUUCAAGCUGGUUGGAAAGGAGACCUUUACCGUGGGCAGCUCCGACAUUAAAGCCACCAUCAACAUCGAGGCCAUCGGCGGCUUCUCCUACGAGUAUUCACUCAACAUAGACGGGACGAGUCUCCAGAAGUUCAUUAACAAUAGAGCUAAGGCCACCAGGACCUGGGUGUUCCAGAUGGACGGGGCAGACUACAGGGUGGUCCUUGAAAAGGACACUAUGGAUGUUUGGUGCAACGGACAGAAAAUGGACACAAUGGGAGAGUUCGUGGACGACGGAACCGAGACACGGUUCUUGGUGGGGGGUCACGACUGCUGCAUCAAGGCCACCAGCAGCGGGAGGAAGAGGAGCGGCAUCGUUCACCGUUUACUGCUGGAUGGAGAGACGGUACCGGGUCUGGCUUAUUAGGAACCGGAACCGAGCCGUAUCUGGAGCAACUACACAGGAUGGGACAUUUAGAUUUUGGACACUUGGAUCAUUUUUAAACAGGAUUAUAUCCGGAUGAAGAGAUCUAAUAAAAUUUGACGUCAGCAGCAUUGUCCCUGUUUGUGUCCAGCUUCUGUGAAAAAUCUCUAGGAAAUAUAAUUUUAGUAACUGAGAGAAGACGCGUCCAGCUGUUAAGUAGACGGCAAAACCGGAACAGGAGAAGAUCGAUUUCCAAAACAAAAUCACAAUUUGACCUUUUAAAAAUCGUAUCCACUUCCAAUUGAAAAUUAAUGCCUUAAAAUAAGCACAGUAAUAAUGGUGACAAUAAUG